AACAAUUAAUUUGUAGUGAUUUUGGACUUUCUGAACAUUCCCUAGUGUCUUUUCACCUCAGUGGCUUUUCAUUUCAAUGAACUUGAACUAAUCCUAAAAUAGCCACCAGCUUUCUCCUCUUCUUACAGCUGCUCAUUUUAGUAAGACUAAAAAUUCUCUCAGGAAAAAACACUCAGGAGUUUGUUUGUUUUUUAUUCUAUCGAAAAAACAAUUUUAUUUCCGAAAGCGCCGUAAUACAGGGUGGCAAAAAUCACCAAAAAAAUAACAACGCGUGUAGGAAAAGGACAAGAAGGCCGCACCGGAGAAAAGUUUGGAUCCACGGUGUCGCCUGCGCGACUUAACCGACCGGCGGCUCACCGAACCCGCAGAGGAAUACAGGCAUGACCCGUCCGGCUUCUCUCGAGCACUAUAAGGCCGGCAUGUUGCUGAGCGGAGUUGGAGAUGCUCUGGGUUACAGGAAUCAGCUCUGGGAAUACAACGAGUCUGGCCCCAACAUUCAUCAGGAACUACAGGAGCUUGGAGGACUAAAGAACAUCACUGUUGAACUUCCUGACUGGCCAGUGAGCGAUGAUACGGUCCUCCACCUGGCCACUGCUGAAGCUUUAGUCACAGGAAAAGAAGGAGAAGACCUACUGCAAGAGGUGGCGUCUCAUUACGUGAAAGGGAUGAAAGACAUGGAGGGGAGGAAACCUGGACCUUCGAGCAUCCUGGGUGUGUCUCAGUUAAGACCAGGUACUGAAGGGGGCUAUCGAAUAGCUUACAAUCCAGAAGGUACAGGAUGUGGCGCUGCUAUGAGGUCCAUGUGCAUCGGAUUGAGAUACCCUCGGCCGGAGCAGCUCGAUUCUUUGGUCACCGUUGCCGUGGAGACCGGAAGGAUGACCCACCCUCAUCCGACCGGAUUCCUCGGCGCUGUUGCUUCUGCGCUGUUCGCAGCGUACGCCGUCCCGCGUCCAAUAAGCACCUGGGGAUUGGGUCUAGUGAAGGAGGCGUGCCCAAUAGCGAAAGAGCUCGCGAGAUCGUCGGGAUACGCCGUUCCUGAGACGGAGAGAGACUGGGGAUACUUCACCGAGAAAUGGGAAUGGUAUCUUGAAUUGAGGGGUUUGUCGUUAGGAACCGGUCCGGCGCAUUUUCCUGACCGAUACGGACCGGCCGAACGGGAUGAGGCGUAUAAGAGCUUCAGCCUCUCCGGAUGGGCGGGCCGAAGCGGUCACGAUGCACCGAUGAUAGCCCUGGAUGCGCUUCUGGCCGCGGGGUCAAACUGGGAGGAGUUAUUGAGCCGUGCAGGUUUCCACGGAGGAGACAGCGACAGCACGGCGGUCAUCGCGUGUUGCUGUUGGGGUCUGAUGUACGGACUGGAGGGAGUGCCCAAGUGUAACUACGCCAACCUGGAGUACAGGGACCGGCUGGAGAACAGUGCCGAGAAACUUUACACAUUAUCCCACUGAAACCAUUGCAAUCGAAACGGCUAAUCGAGAAAUGGUUGCCAGUGAUUAGAAGAAAAAUCUCAAGCGACUGAAAGGCGAAACAGUGUCUUAGAUCAAUUCUGAAAUCUGCUCCACAUCAAUGUAUGGUUCAGUGUCGAUUUGGAUCAUCACAUCGAAAUCGAACCAGCCAGCUACAUUAAUUACCCACAUGGCCUCUCAAAAAAAAAGAAUAUAUAUGAAUAGAUUAGCAAUCCUUUAUAUUGGUAGCUAGCUAACUCCAACUAGUGAACGCUAAGCUAGCAAGUUACUAUUGGUUGGAUAUUGUUGUAGAAUCAAGCUGGCGAAAUCGAAUAACUACUAAUGUAUUAUAUUAGUAAUUUCUGGACUGUUGGUAAUUAUAAAGCUAAAUCUAACACAUUGCACAUGAUUUUUGUCUUAGUU